GCAGUAUCUGACGCCCUGGAGCGGUCGGAGGGUCUGCAGACCAUCCUCGGUCCGGUCAAAUUCGACGCAUCUCGACAGAGCAGUGUGGGUGCGACGGUUCUGCAGCAGGUGUCUGGCACAUCUGCUGGCACGCCGCAGAUCGUCGCGGAAUCGACGCUGGAGGGCUUCGUCUGCACCUGGCGCGGAUGCACUGCGAACGCCAGCGGUGCACCUGGCAAUGGCACCCCUGCCUCGAGGAUCUCGCGACCCGUUUUCCCCGUGCCGAAACCCGAGUUGGAACGGCAAUGCUACCACCGACAUGGCGGCUCAUUCGGCUUCCGCACGGCUUCCUUCGGCUUAUCCUGCGCGGAGUGCCCUGCGGAUGAGGUCUCCGACUACGACGAGGUCGAGCAGCGUCGCUUCUGUCGCCGGUGCUCAGACAACGAAUCGGUGCAAGAACUCUCCAAUGGCUCCCGUCUCUGCGUGCCUUGCGGGUCAUUGACGUCUUGCACACCGGGCCAGUAUCGGAGCAAUUGUGGCUGCCAAGACUGCCCGGAGGGAAGUUUCUCGAACAGCUCGGAUGCCUCCGUCUGCGAGGACUGCCCAGAAGGCUACUUCUCGGCUGCAGGGGUGAGCACCUGCGAGCCGUGCCCGGCAGGGACGUCGAGUUACUCCGGCAGUGGGCAAUGCGUCAACUGCACUCUUGGCACCUUCGCCGAGCUUCCAGGUUCGCCCUGCCGCCCAUGCCCGGGAGGCAGCCAUGCGCCGGCGGAAGGCCUCACAGCUUGCCUCAUCUGCGAGGCAGGGUCGCGCAGCAGCUGGGAUGGGAGCAGCUGCGAUCUGUGCCCUCCCAUGACUUACCAGCACCUACGCAACUCCAGCACGUGCCUGCCGGCGCAGGAGGGCGCCGAGAUGAGCGGCACGGGCAUGGCCAUCGCCCUCAACCGCGCAGGCUUCUGGAUUCGGAAGGUGGGAAGCCAUGUUAGCUGGGAGGCCUGUCUAGUGCCGGAUGCUUGCUUGGCCAACGCAACCUGCGCUGAGGGCUCUACCGGUGUCCAGUGCUUAAGCUGCCUUCCGGGUUACGUUCGCAGCCGACUUCCGCUGCAGAGUUCUUGCGAGCACUGCGCGGAGCACCUGAUGAUCUUGAAUAUCAUCCUCUUCCUCUCCUUGGUG